CUUCAAAUUUUCGUGGCACAGUUGUUAUUUCUUGCUCAUUCUAGAAACUGGAAUCGAAAGGCAAAGGAAAAGGCGACAAAAAAGGAAAAGGUAUAGUUCUUCUUUUGUCCUCAUGGGUAUUCUAUAAGUUUAUUUUGCUCUUUGUAGGAAAAAAGGGGAAAAAAGAAAAAAAGGGCAAGAAGGGCAAAAAAGGAAAAAAAGGAAAAAAGAAAGCUGUGAGUAUCUUUAAACAUUUACUUGAAAUUAAAGACACUUCAUCAUUCACCUCUUAUGUUUGCAUUCAGCACUUGCAUAUACAGAAUAAUCAAUUCCUUGAUGAUUUACUUAAAUUUUAUUCAUUUUCCUUUCGGAAAGUCUAGACAUCAGAUACAAUAUCAGUACUGACUUAGGGUGCCCACAAUCAUUUUAGAAAAAAAAUUUUCAUUUUCGACAUAACGUAGUGAUAGAGUGACGUGUUCUCUAAAAACUAACAUCACUCCUAGAUCUCCACGAUCUUCGACUAGGAAGAUACAAAUUGUUUUAAAGUUUGUUACUUUACUCUAGAAAGACUCUAUUUUUUAACUUUCGAAAAUUUUUUUAAAUAGUCAGUUUCGUACAGUAAAAAUUUUCCACAUAUGAGAUGUCACCCAACUCUCCACCAUAUUUUCUGAUCGAGAUAUGAUCACGUUGCCGAGAGCCGGCAAAAAGUGAGUUUCGCAUUGAAACUUGCCUAUUCAAAACUUCUUUUGUGGCCAAUGCACUCAACUAGCGACCCAGAUGCCCCUCUUGAAAUUUCAUCCGAUCGGGCUGAGAUUUGUUUUUUUAUUGUAGAUACCUAAUACUAUUAUUCAGAGGUAAAAUUCUUUUGCAAACAAAAAUGUUUACAGAGGUUCUCCAGCCAAGGUUUUAAAAGAGUUUUUGAAUAUUUUCGCUAUAAAUUUGGAAUGAAGAAAUAUUUUUAAAAGAAAUGUAUCUGGAAACCGAUUGAUACUUGACAAUCUAUGAGUGAUCAAAUUUUCAACCCGAUCAGAUGAAUAUUUUAAGACCUAAUCAUGAGACUAAAUCGUCAACGAGAAUCUCACUUGCUUAAAUAGCGUGUUUGAAUGUUUAGAACGAUGAAGAAGGUUGGACAUUACCAGAAUCGGAAUUUGUCACGACCAUGAUAAAACCUGGUACAGAAACUUAUCAGAAUAUGUGGGAAACAAGAGAUGAAAGUUCGAAUUUUGAACAAAAUUAUGACAGUGAAAUAGUUAAAGAAGAAAAACGAGUAGAAGUGGUUGAUGAAAUAAGAAUUGAGGUUGAUGCAUUAAUGCGUGAAGAACUGAAAAAUUUGAAAGCUGCAAUUGAUAAAACAAAAGACAAGAAAAAAAAGAAAAAGAAAAAGAAGAAAGCUAAGAAAAA